UUUCCAUAUACAUUUUGUGAUCAAAUAACUAAUCAAUCAAAAGAUGGAAGGCAAAGAUCUUAUUGUAUGUGUGCUCGUAAUGAAUCUGUUCAUGGCACACAUUCAAGUUGAUGCAAAGAGCUGUUGUCCGUCCAGCACUGGUAGAAAUAUCUAUAAUACUUGCCGCCUGGCUGGAGCUUCCAGGGCAGUUUGUGCAAGCCUUAGUAGCUGCAAAAUAGUUACUGGAUCAUGUCCUAACGGAUAUACAUAUGAUAUUCUUGAAAACGAAGGUGAUGUUGUCAAUGAAUACUGUAAGGUUGGGUGUGUAUCAUCUGUGUGUGGCGCGGUCACUACUCUCCAAAACUCCGACGCAAGUAAAAUCGUGAAUGGAGCAGUUGAAAAAUGUGUCAACUUAUGUUCUACAGUCUGCACCAAAGGCUCGAUGAAUGCAGUUGAGACUGCAACUGCCUAGACAACAAUACCCAUCCAUGAAGAUACCACGCCAUCCGGAGGUGAAGCGGGUGGUCAUAUUUCAUAGUGUUGUUUUUCAUGUUUUUAAUUAUUGUCGUGUAUGUGACAAAAAAUAUUUGAUUCUCGUGUGCGUUUGUGAUGUGCUUGCCUUGAAGGUUGACGAUCCCUAGAUUGUAUAUGCCUUCUACUCCCUAUCUUUUAAUAA